GGGUGAUGAGUCCAGAUGUGGAAGGCUCUGACUACCAGGCCAGAACUCAGACUUAAUUCUGAGGCUACUGGGAAGCCCCUGAAGGGGCUAGAGCAGAGGAAGUGGGGAGAGACAGCAGGUGCAGCGACAGCUAGCAGGACCAUGGACAAGGAGUAUGUGGGUUUCGCUGCCCUCCCCAACCAGCUGCACCGCAAGUCCGUCAAGAAAGGCUUUGACUUCACACUCAUGGUGGCAGGAGGGCCUGUCCUGUCUACAGGGGAGUCAGGCCUGGGAAAAUCCACCCUCAUCAACAGCCUGUUUCUCACCAAUCUCUAUGAGGACCGGCACCUGCCAGAGGCCAGUGCUCGCUUGACACAAACGCUGACCAUUGAGCGCCGGGGCGUGGAGAUCGAGGAGGGGGGUAUAAAGGUGAAGCUGACCCUGGUGGACACACCUGGCUUUGGGGACUCAGUGGAUUGCUCAGACUGCUGGCUGCCUGUAGUGCGCUUUAUUGAGGAGCAAUUUGAGCAGUAUCUUAGGGAUGAGAGUGGCCUGAACCGGAAGAACAUUCAGGACUCCCGUGUCCACUGCUGCCUCUACUUCAUCUCACCCUUUGGCCGAGGGCUCCGUCCCCUAGAUGUGGCCUUUCUCCGGGCAGUGCACGAAAAGGUCAACAUCAUCCCAGUCAUUGCCAAAGCAGAUGCCCUGAUGCCUAAGGAAACCCAGGCCCUCAAGCAGAGGAUCCGGGACCAGUUGAAGGAGGAGGAGAUCAACAUCUACCAGUUUCCCGAUUGUGACUCUGAUGAGGACGAAGACUUCAAGAGGCAGGAUGCAGAGAUGAAGGAAAGCAUCCCUUUCGCAGUCGUCGGUUCCUGCGAGGUAGUGAGGGACGGUGGGACCCGUCCAGUGAGGGGACGCCGCUACUCCUGGGGUACUGUGGAGGUGGAGAACCCACAUCACUGCGAUUUCCUGAACCUGCGACGGAUGCUGGUGCAGACACACCUACAGGACCUGAAGGAGGUGACCCACGAUAUUCUCUAUGAGGGCUAUCGGGCCAGCUGCCUACAAAGCCUGGCCCGGCCUGGGGCGCGUGAUCGAGCCAGCCGCAGUAAGCUUUCCCGCCAGAGCGCUACAGAGAUCCCGCUGCCCAUGCUGCCUCUGGCCGAGACCGAGAAGUUGAUCCGCGAGAAAGAUGAAGAGCUGCGCCGCAUGCAGGAGAUGCUGGAGAAGAUGCAGGCCCAGAUGCAGCAGAGCCAGACUCAGAGCGAGCAGUCGGACGCACUCUGAGGCCCCCGCCCCGGCCCUGCUUUACCUCGGCUCCGCCUUCAGUCCGUCUU